CAGGGCCGUGAUCUGUGAGGAUUUCUUGAUUCAACUCAACAGACCUGUCCAAUGUGCAUGCGGCUGUGUGAUCUGCACAAUAUGUUACCGGGAGCAACGCUUCUGUCGCAUGCACAAUGUGUUACCCCUCCAAUGCCAUGGCAACAUCAUCCACUUGGCAGACUGGUCAUUUCUAGAGCCUAUAGGAGAAUGGGACCUCGAGCUUCAAAUCGAUGACAAUGUCGAGACCGACGAAGAGGUCGACCUUCAUGUGCAGCAGUUGCUGAAUAAGACGCCCGGUGCGAGUGUUGGGGUCCUGCGAGAAGCCUUCGACCAUCUCAUCGGCAGGACCGACAUUACGUCCUUCGUGUACAGGACACGCGAAGCAAUGCCAGAGGAGGUAGCCUACAGGUAUGUCUUCAUCCCUCACGUUCCGGGAUUCUGGGAUCACAUUCUAGUCGGAACGCGUGCGCCGCCCAAGACGGAGAAGAUGAUCGGACCCGAUGACUACUUGCCGAAACUGUUCGACGUGUUCCUCGGUGUGUACAAAUUUCACUGGUGCUGUUUCGUGCUGAAGAAACAGAUCAUCUUGGCAAUGUGGUGCACUGCGAAGCCCCGGAUUGGAGAUCCUAAGGUAUUCUCGGUCGUUGACAACAUGCUGAAAGGCAUUACCGAGACAAUAGCGUUUAGAAAAAUGAUCUUUUAUCUAUCUAGGUGGUUUACGGUUCAGUAUGUGGCACAAUCUGAGGAGGCUUCACGUGAGUCACCGAAUGAUAGGCAGCUCAAGGUGGUAUUGGAUUGCAAACCCUCAGAAGGCCUUCUUGUCAAUCUCAUUACAUUGUUGGCCUACAAGUGUGGGAUGGAAAAGGUCGAGCCUGGGUUCUCCAACCCUCCGGGCGUAGAUGUGAGUUUUAAUCUCGAGAAUGCCAAGGUUAUGUUCACCUGCCCCAGUGAACCAAACCUAGAGAUUAAUGCGGUGUUCUUCCGCACCUCCGGGGCUACUGGUAAUUAAGCAGAGAAUAACGUUUAGGCGGUAGUGGAACCGUAUAGUCUAUGUAAGAGUGUAUUUUGAUUGUUUAUUUUCUAGUUUGUGACAUGCAGAAUGCGAUGUAGUUACCAUAUCUUACCAUUUGCUGUAUGUGUAACGUAAUUAUUGUGUGUGUAUACACCCUUUUAUUGUACUGCAGUUUGUGUACAUUGAUACACCAUAUUUCUAUGUUACAAUCAUCCAGAUUACAUCCUCUUGUGUUACACUGUACAAUGUCAAUGUUUUACACAUGGAAAUACAGAUGUUUCUUUUUUUACACUGAUGUAAGUAUUAAACAUCUCCUGUUUUAUUAAAUAUAUUACACACAAA